AACUCAUCAUACUCCUUCCUCAUUCUUUGCCGGCAGAGCUACUAGCUAUUUCCAACCUUGCACCAUAUACAGACACAUAAUAUAAUCUUCUCUCUCCAUUUCUUCUUAAUUGUUCUUGUUGGCAUAAGCUAAAAGUUACAAGGACUUAGUUCCCAGAAUUGGCUCAUUCAUCAUCAUGUCCUUGAUCAUAUAAGUGCUUCUUCUUUGAUAAAAGUCAAAGCUGCCAAAAGUUGGUGUCAGCAUUUGAGUUGUUCAACGCUGCAACUAAGUUGAAUUUCUCUGUGGACCGCCAUCAUCACCAGCUAGCUGCAUGCCUAGCAGGAAAUUCUGAAGAUCAUGGGGUGUUAGUUAGUAGUUACAUCUCAUGAAGGAUCAGAGUGGAAAUUAACCUGUAGUGCUUGAAGAGAAGAAGGGACAAAGGAGCUAAGAUGGCAGGAAACUUCAGAUUCAUGAUGGAUCAGAAGGAUAUUGUUAGAUUCUUGACUACAACUGUUGAUAGUUUCAUUCAAGAUCGAUUAAUCAACAAAGAGCAAAGAACCCAACACAAAGAACAGUGUGCAGAGAGGUUAGCAGCAGAAGAUGGAAGUGGUGACAAAGACACUGAGGUGGAAUACUCUGAUCAAGCAGUAUUAGCAAAUCUUGAUUGGGGUAUUGAAGCCCUUGAGGAAGCCAUCAAUACCUAUAACAUGGAAACCAAGCUUGCAAGGCUAGAUUAUGCUGAGAAGAUGUUGCAAGUGUGUGCAAUGUUGAACCCUAAGCAAAAGAUUGCUGGAGUUCCAAACUCCUACCUCUCAGCUUGGGCACACCUAAACCUAUCCUAUUUAUGGAAGCUGAGGAAUAAUGUUCAGAAUUGUAUUUCUCAUGCUCUUGAGAUGUUCAUCGUUGAUCCCUUUUUCACUCGGAUUGAUUUCGCUCCAGAACUCUGGAAAAGCCUGUUUCUUCCACACAUGAGCUCAAUUGUGGGGUGGUAUUCAGAGGAGAGGCACAGGCUUAUGAUGGAGGUGAUACCUGACUCUGCUGAUUUGUCCUUCACAGCUGAUUUUGAGCAAUUUUUCAAUGAGUCUUUGGUGCUUACUAUGAGGCCACAUCAAUUGGAAAAGUUGCAAAAGCUGGAGCAGCUUUAUGGAGAGUCCUUGGAUGAAAACACAAAACUAUAUGCAAAAUACUAUAACGAUUGCAUGAACUCUGAUUCCUCUUCAAGUAAGAAGGCGGUUCCUAUGUUGCCAAUUGCUGAGCCCCCAAUGACUCCUUUGCAUGAGUUGAGCCGGACUAUUCCAGAUUUUGUUAAAUUUGGUCCUAUUUUACCUAAGAGUGCUGGUUUUUCUCUGGCACCAAGAUCUAAAGAUGUCUUAAAUGAAACAAUCAGAGAGAAUGUAACUUCCAGCAACUUGAAGGAGGAAAAAUUAUCCAUAUGGGGUGCUAAGGAUACCAUCAUUGAAGAGAAUGAAGAUGAUUCAGAUUCUGAGCUUGAGAAUGAAUCUGUGGAUUCUGAUGACAAAAACAAUAUUUUCUCACCUGGAAUGAAGAUGAUGAAGUAUGAGGGUGUUGAAACAAAAGUUGAUCUAUCAUGCCAGAGGAAUCAAAUACCUUCUCCUGAUAUCUUCUCUCCCUUGGAUUCUCCAAGAACUGCUCCAAAUAAUUCAUCUCCAAACCCUGAUAUGCAUAGUAAAAGAGAUUCCAAGUUUUUGCGCUUAUCAUCUAGCCGCAUCAGGGAACCAACUAUUUCUGACUCCUUAACAUCAUCUCCAGACAUUAGCAUUGAUAACAUUUCAAAUGCUGAUAACGAAGUGAUGGUCUUGAAGAAUAUUCAGAGGAAAAAUGAUAACCAAACACUGAGUAUGAAUCAUGAGAAUGAGAACAGCCUGAUACUAAAUGGCAGUUCCCUUUGUGAAAGUGAUGAUGGAUAUCAAAGCUUCAAUUCAUUGCCAAAAUUAGAGAAGCUGAGUAUGGGAUCAAAACCACCCAAAGAUUUUGUUUGCCCAAUUACAGGUCAGAUAUUCUGUGAUCCUGUCACCCUUGAAACUGGCCAAACCUAUGAGAGAAAAGCAAUUCAAGAGUGGCUCAGAACAGGAAACACAACAUGCCCCAUCACGCGACAGCCUCUAUCUGCAAGCAUAUUACCCAAAACAAACUAUGUUUUGAAGAGAUUGAUUACAUCUUGGAAAGAACAGAAUCCUGAACUAGCUCAAGAGUUCUCAAAUGUUAACACACCAAGGGGUUCUUCCUGUUCUCCAUCAGCAAAAGACAUCCCAAUGCUCUCAACUAGGCAAAGAACAACUGAUUCACCAAAUCAUAAGAACAAAGAUUAUGCUAGACAAAGGAGCAAUAGAUUUAUGCCAGCUGCUAUCACAACGUCUCCGACAAGUGUGCUAUCUCAAGCUGCAGUUGAAACAAUUGUGAAUUCCUUGAAACCUUACAUUUCAAGUCUAUGCACAUCAGAGAACUUGCCAGAAUGUGAAGAAGCUGUAUUGAAAAUAGCAAGAUUGUUAAAGGACUCAAAGACUAAUCCUCAGAUUCAUUCUUAUUUAUCAAAGCCAACUAUUAUAAAUGGUUUAGUGGAAAUUCUUUCAGCUUCUCGGAAUAGAGAAGUUCUGAGAACAUCAAUUUAUAUUCUUUCUGAGCUGAUUUUCACAGAUGACAGUGUUGCAGAAACACUUAAUAGUGUAGAUUCUGAUUUUGAUUGCUUGGCUACUCUACUCAAGAAUGGUUUGGCUGAGGCUGCUCUUCUUAUUUACCAACUACGGCCGGUUUUUGCCCAGCUUUCAGCUCAUGAACUUAUACCCUCUCUUGUUGAUGUGAUCCAGAACAAAAAUGAGGAGUUAGAUGAUUUUCAGUUAGUUAUAGACCCCAAAGACGCUGCCAUAGCUAUUCUUGAACAAACUUUAAUGGGAGGGGAUGAAUAUAGCAGGUCUCUUAAUGCUUCGAGUGUUAUUUCAGCAAAUGGAAUUCCAACCUUGGUGAAGUAUUUGGAGAGGAUGGAAGGAAGGAGGUCUGUGGUUUCCGUGCUCUUGUGUUGUAUGCAAGCUGAAAAAAGUUGCAAGAACUUGAUAGCAAACAGAAUUGAAUUGUCUCCUGUUCUUGAAUUAUUCCACUCAGGAAAUGAUAGUGUGAGAGGAACAUGUGUGGAGUUUCUCUCAGAACUGGUUCAAUUAAAUAGAAGGACAAGCUGCAACCAGAUACUGCACACAAUUAAGGAUGAAGGAGCAUUCAGUACAAUGCAUACAUUUCUUGUAUAUCUUCAGAUGGCUCCUAUGGAGCAUCAACUUGCUGUUGCUAGUCUCCUUCUUCAGCUUGAUCUCCUGGCUGAGCCACGAAAGAUGAGCAUUUACAGGGAAGAAGCUGUAGAGACUCUGAUAGAAGCACUUUGGCAGAAAGACUUCUCAAAUACCCAAAUGAAGGCUUUAGAUGCUUUACUAUUUCUUAUUGGACACAUCUCUUCCUCCGGAAAGUCAUACACUGAAGCUUGGUUGCUCAAGAUUGCAGGAUUUGAUCAACCUUACAAUGCUUUAAUGAAGGUCGAGCAGUUAGGACAGCAUGACAAUGAUUUGAUAGAAACAAUGGAGGAUGAAAAAAAUGCUUUGAACUCUUGGCAGAAAAGAAUAGCAUCUGUGCUUUGUAAUCAUGAAAAUGGUUCAAUAUUUAAGGCUUUGGAAGAAUGCCUAAAAAGUAAUUCCUUAAAGAUGGCAAAGUCAUGCCUUGUUCUAGCCACAUGGCUCACACACAUGCUCUAUACUCUUCCCGAUACCGGUGUAAGGGAUGUUGCUCGCAAAUCCUUGCUUGAAGAAGUUAUAAAUGUUCUUCAGUCGUCCAAGAACUUGGAGGAGAAGAUCCUGGCUACCCUAGCUUUGAAGACAUUCAUUAGUGAUCCAAGUACUCAUGAAGCUCUUAGAGUUUACGCUAAAAGCAUCUAUAGAACCUUGAGGAGGCUGAAGAAAUAUUCAGUGGUUGCAGUUGAUAUUAUGAAAGUCAUACUAAAUUUAAAAUCUGUCGAUGUGACAGAAUUGUGGAGUUGUAAAGAAGUUGUUGAGUUAGAUUUGAGCUCAAAUGGUGAGGUGCUUUCUAUGGUUUAUCUGAAUGGUCAAGUCUUGAGUGGACACACUGAUGGAACUAUCAAGGUAUGGGAUGCAAGGAAGAGAAUACCAAGAGUGAUUCAAGAAACUCAUGAACACACAAAAGCUGUAACAUCUCUUUGUUCUUCAGGUGAUAGACUAUACAGUGGCUCCUUAGACAAAACCAUCAGGGUUUGGACAAUUAAAUCUGAUGGUAUUAAAUGUAUAGAUGUUUAUGACAUUAAGGAGGCAGUGCAUGAGCUUGCAGCCAAUGAUAAAUUGGCAUGCUAUGUCUCUCAAGGAACUGGUGUUAAGGUUUUUAAUUGGUCAGAGGCUCCAAAGCUCAUCAAUUUCAGCAAAUAUGUGAAAAGCCUUGCUGUUGCUGGGGACAAGCUGUAUUGUGGUUGCUCUGGUUACAGCAUCCAGGAGGUUGACUUGUCAACAUAUACAUCAAAUUCCUUCUUCACUGGUACAAGAAAAUUGUUGGGGAAACAAACCAUACACUCCCUUCAAAUACAUGAUGAUUACCUCUUUGCUUGUGGUUCUUCAGUUGAUGCAACUGCCGGAAAGAUAUUUUCACUUUCCCAAAAAAUGGUGGUGGGAUCACUCUCAACUGGGCUUGACAUUCAUCGCAUAGCCAUCAACAGUGACUUCAUAUUUGCUGGUACAAAAUUUGGCACCAUUGAGGUUUGGCUGAAAGAUAAGUUUACCCGGGUUGCUUCCAUCAAAAUGGCUGGUGGUCACACAAAAAUUACAUCAUUAGUAUCAGAUGUAGAUGGUAUGAUGCUUUUUGUUGGUUCCUCUGAUGGCAAAAUCCAGGUUUGGGCUUUGGAUUAAGCACAAUCAAAGGAAGGGUAUAAUGUCCCUUUUGCUACAUGUACAUGAAUUGUUGAUGAGUUCUUCCUAUUUAGGUCCCUUACAGGUUUUAUAGGAGUGUUGUUCAUUGGAUUAUAUCAAAUAAGAUCUUCUAAGUCGAAGGUUUAUGGAGCACGUGCAACCAAAUGGAAUUAUUUCUUGAGAUUACAAGUAGGAAAUGCUACAUUGGCAAAUGACUAAACAAAAGCACAUGACAUGACUCAUUGAAUUAUUUGUUGCAAUUAUAA